AUGUGCCUCCGUCUGCAACCCCCCAGGAGGCCAAAAGAGCUCAGCAAGCUACUGAACACGUGGCUGGAAGACCGCCCCAUUCUUCUCUUUCUCGCCAAUUCCCUGCCCUUCUCCUCUGCCCCUCACAUCCUCUUCUCUACUCUUCUACCCCACGGUCGAAAGUUUCACGGAUCACCGCAUCGCUACUUCCAAGAUGAAGCUUCGUCUGCAACCCUACAAGAGGCCACAAGGUAAGUAACCCCCCCCCCCAGGUAAGCCAGAUAUGGGUUUGUUGUCUUUGCUUUCUGCUUGUUUUCGCUCGUUUGUCCUUGUCCGCUUGCUUGUGUUUGUCCUUGUUGUAAGCUUAUCAUCUCUCUAUUGAACUUGUCUACUCACCAUGUAUUUUUCAUCCGCCGGAGGGACGGGAAACUCUGCCCCUCCCCAGCCCCUCCACAACACUCAAAAGUCCGACGGCGAGGGUAACAGCGAUCUUAUAAGCGACUCAGGCUAACUCGGAUCGUUCUGCCACUAAACAAAGUCGUGGCAGCCGUCUGGGAUGGCUAAGCCGCCAAAUUUAGGGCCGCGAAGGGAACGGAAAUAGAAGGGGUGUCCAAAACAAACGGAGGACAGCGCUAUGGGCUCGGGAACUGGCGCCCUACAAGGUGGACAUCACUGCACCCCGUGGGACCUGGUUCUCUGAACAAGGCCAACUGGAGGAGGUGGAUACCGGCUACACCUUCUUCUGGGGCAGUCGUCCCAGGGGCAGAGCGACGGGACGCAGGCGUUGCCUUUGCCGUCCGGAACGACAUGGCGGGACGACUGCUCUGUCUGCCGCAGGGCAUCAACGAUCGUCUGAUGAGCCUCCGUCUGCCUCUCCAUGCAGGCAAACUCGUCCCCAUCUUCAGUGUCUAUGCUCCCACGAUGACCAGUCUCGAUUUUACGCGGACCUGCCCGACCUCCUGGCGACUGCCCCGAAGGCGAAUAAGUUGAGCGUCCUUGGUGACUUCGACGCCCGAGUCAGCACAGGCCAUGCUGCCUGGAGAAGAGUGUUGGGUCCCCAUGGUCUCGACGGCUCCAAUGACAAUGGCCUACCACGAACCUGCGCAGAACACCAGUUCCUCCUGAGCAACACCUACUUCCGCCUUCCGAUGCGAGAGAAGGCCACUUGGAUGCACCCUCGAUCGCGGCAGUGACAUCUACUGGUACAUGUCCUCGUCCGAAGGCCAGACCAGUGGGCGAUCCCGGAUGGCGACCGGUGGACCAACCAUCGUCCCACCAUAUCCAAAAUGCGCAUUUGCCUACAGCCUCGUAGGAGACCUCAAGGUUAUCGACCCCUAGGUAAGUUGACCAUUGCUUUGCUCUCCUUGCCCGUUCACCAUCUCCACUUCAGCAAUGAACUAGCUUUAAGGGCAGUCAAACUUCCAGUCGCCGCCACCACCGAGGAGAACGCCUCCGUUGAGAACCUACAGUGCCAACUGCGGGACACACUCCAGUCGACGGCCCUGGCUGUCCUCGGUCGUGCAUGGCGCCAACACCAGGACUGGCUCGAUGGCGAUGACGCCGCCACUAGCAACCUAUUCGCCGAGGUGAGCCGACUGCACAAAACCUACGUCGACCGCUCGAUCGACGACAACAGAACGGCCUUCUACCUUAUUCGCAGUCUUGUGCAACCGCGACUGCGGGAGAUGCAAGACGCCUGGACGGCUUGCAAGGCCAAAGAGAUCCAAGGUUACGCGUACCGAAACGUAUGGAAGAACUUCUCUGCGAUCAAGGCUUUAUACGGUCCCACAACCAAAGGCACUGCUCCUCUUCUCAGCGCCGACGGAACCACCCUACUCACGGAAAAGACAAAAAUUCUGCAGCGGUGGGCCGAACACUUCUGA